CCGAACUGAACAGCACCGAGGAAGAAGAAAACACAGUCACAGGUCACCGGUAUCCCGAGAAGUAGGAGGAGAAAGCCGGCUGAAGCCUUGCGUUUAGCUUUUACGUUGACAUAUGAUCUCGGUUAACAUCUGAGAUCUACCUCCAUUAUUUUCUUUCGUUGAAAGCGAGCAUCAUGGCGAAGAAGAGAAGCGGUAACCGCGAGACCGAGAGCAGUCCGCUGGUAGAGCAGGCACCGAGGCCCUCCAAAGAAACUCCAGUCCUCAAAGGAGCCCAGUCGCCGGGAGGAGCCUCCGCACGCAUGUCAAUCCUCCUCCUCGUCACUAUCUUUGCCUGCUCUGCUUGUGUCAUGUAUCUGGUGUUCAGAAAUUUCCCAGAACUGAGCGAAGACGAGAGAGAAAAAAUCAAAAUACCUAAAGACAUGGAUGAUGCCAAGGCUUUGGGCACAGUACUGUCCAAAUACAAGGACACAUAUUACACUCAAGUGCUUUUAGCAUACUUUGCUACGUAUAUCUUCCUUCAGACGUUUGCCAUCCCAGGCUCCAUAUUUCUCAGUAUACUGUCUGGUUAUCUCUACCCUUUUCCGUUAGCUCUCUUCCUGGUCUGUCUGUGUUCGGGCCUCGGAGCGUCUUUCUGCUAUAUGCUCUCUUAUCUCGUUGGGAGGCCAAUGGUCUACAAGUACCUCACAGAGAGAGCUCAGAAAUGGUCACAACAGGUGGACAAGCACAGAGAGCACCUCAUUAAUUACAUCAUUUUUUUGAGAAUAACUCCUUUCCUUCCGAACUGGUUCAUCAACAUCACCUCACCCGUCAUUAACGUGCCUCUGGGUGUCUUCUUCUUGGGCACCUUCCUUGGAGUGGCCCCUCCGUCGUUCGUGGCGAUAAACGCGGGGACGACGCUGUACAAGCUGACCACGGCUGGCGAGGCCGUGUCCUGGAACUCUCUUCUCGUGUUGGGGGUUUUAGCCGUUGUCUCCAUCCUGCCCGUCUGCUUUCAGAAGAAACUCCAGCAGAAACUUGAGUAGCGACGACCAACCCCCGCUUGAUCCAACUCAGGAAUGAUACUGGUCCUCUAAACCUCUCCUUGCGUUCUUCUUUUCUUUUGUGCAUGUACCACAAACCCUCGUUUCAUCACGCGACGGACCGGCCUCUUCCAUCGUUUCGACGGUACUUUCAUGGGAUGAAAAAUUCUGCCAUCGCUGAUCCCCUCUAGCGUCAAGCAAUAUUUUCCGCGCUGAUGUCUUCAGUGGAUUUUUCAAUAUCUUCCACGAUACAGCAAUGAUUAAUGCGAGACACGCUGGAAGAGACAGGCUUUCAGUCCCUCUGAAAUGGAAAGUGCCAACGGAAACCUUUUUCGGCUUAUUUAACGUGUUUGAGAAUGAGGUAUUACAUGCUUCAGAAACCUUUUUGAGGGUGAGCUUUGCGGGUUUUCUGCUUUUCUUUUGUAUUUCUCAUGCCAGCUGAGACUGCGGUAGGGAUCAGAACGGACGAUCUCUUAACAGUGCCCUGUGUACUGCUGCUAACUGUAGACGAUAAUGCUCGAUUCUUGUUAUAGACCUAAUUUUUCCCCCCGAAAACUGAUAAAUACGGACGAUGCCACAUUAGUAUUACAGAUCGAUACUGUAGAAUGCAUAUAAUAUAACAGCCUUAAUAUUACAGGUUACUUGAAGUAAAAGAAACGGAACGAAUAUAGACAUCACACGAGCUAUUAACAUCUUUUUUAGCGUUUCAAACACUUAUUUCUUCCUUUACGUUGGAUGCAACCGAUUGAUUUAGUCAAAAUGCCAAACGAUUGUUUUUAUGUGUUUUUCAAAUGAAGUAGUUCAUCGUUUUAAGUUUAUAGUGCUAUUGCGAUUUGCUUUAAAAUAUUCCUUUUAGCCACGCGACAGUGGGAAGUAUUACAUUUAGGAAAUAUAGGAGAUUUGUAACCGUUACAGUUGGUUUUCUGGAUCUAACGAAGCCGAGCCACUGUAAACUUUUAAAUGUAUGCCUAUUUAAAGGAAUGGUUCACUCAAAGUUUUGCUUGGGAAUGUGCCGUCCGAGAUGUAAAUGAGUUUGUUUCUUUAUCAGCCGAUAAAUGCUCUGCGGUGAAUGGGUGCCGUCAGAACGCGGGUCUAAACGGUUGAUUAAAAACGUCGCAGUAAUCCAAAAUUGAUGCAAAUAACCGCAGUCCAUCAAUUAAUGUCUUGAGAAGUGACCGUGGACCGCAGUCGUGGGGAUUAUCGCCAUGUUUUUAUCUUGUUCUGACGGCACCCAUUCACCGAUGAUUGCUAAAUUUGAUCCGAAUCUGUUCUGAUAAAGAAACAAACUCCUCUACAUCCUGGACGGCCCGAGGCUUAGUAAUUUUCUUUUUUGGGGUUAUGCGUUAAAACUCUACAGUUAAAAUUGCCUUUCGGUAAAAUAAAUCGGUCUUAAUGUCUUAACUUUUGUCUAAUACCUGCAAUGCUGUUGUAUCCUGUUUUUUUUUUUUUCUGAAUACCUGGAAAUAGUCUUUAAACCUUCAACAUGCUCAUUUCCUGCCUGGAAAGGAAAUGGUAUCAACAAUACGAGCAAAGGGGAUUAAUAAACCAUUUGCACUGAAAUUUCUCUUAAGUGGAAGGGUGCGAUGAGGGACAGUUCUUAUUCCAGAUAUCAUUACCCUGUUACCUCAUUUGAGUUGUUCUCUCAUGUUGCAUUGCUUUAUGUCUGCAGUUUUUAUUUGAAUGUAAAACCUAACGUUUAGUUUUGUCGUCUGUAAAUGUCUAAGUGUUCCCAGCAGCUCUUGACAUGGAUGGCACUAAACAGAGAAAGCGGAUGUUAUGCAGUUGUUCUGUAACCGUUUCAAGCUGUUUAUGAUGAUAAGUGUGUUGAUAUGCCCUCUCUGACCCAUUUAUAAUUUACUAAGUCGUACUCAUUCAGAUUUUUCUCUAGCAUCUUUUUACAGAACUCUAUCAAUAAAUUAAGGUUACUGAUUACAGUAUUACAUAAGGUUUAAUCGACAAUGUACUGUCAUGUCCUGUAUUUUUAAAAUCUAUUCAUUUACGUCUGUACAUUUUCUUGGAAUAUAAUAUAUUUAUUAUGACAUGAUUAAAUACGAGUAACAUUUGCUCUCAA